UCAUUCUGGAGAUUGCCAUCUAGCGUUCAGUUUGUCUACAUGCACGAAUGAAGAGUGUAAUCCAGGCAAACGUGAUCGACUAGUCGAGUCUUUCGCUUUCGGUGGAGCAGGAAUUGUACCUGUUGGGAGUAAACAAAAGUUUCCCGUUUCUUUAGAGAGCUGCGGGCGGUGCUGUUUCGAUUAACUCGGAGACGUCUUACUCUUGGAACGAUUCCUUUUUGAAUCAACCAAAAAAGAUAGGUGUAAACUUAAACUAGGAAUUGGAUUGAUUUUUUUCUUUCUGUUACUAAGGUUAGACAUUUCCCGUCUCUGCUUAUCAGCUCUGAGGCCGCCGCUGGAGCGCAGCUGCCGCUCCCUCUGCGGACUGAACUCUGCCCACAAUUACGCGGCGCGUUUCUGCGCCGAUAACGUAGAAUGAGGGAACCCUACGGCGUUUUUUAAAAACUAUUUUGCCAGAAAAAGAGGCUUAACGGGAGGGCUGUGAACAGGACUCCUCUGCGGGCAGGUGGACACACACACACACACACCAUGUUGCUCCACCUGUUGGUGCUCCUCCAGCUGCUGCUUGGCGCACAGCCGGCCUGCGUGCGCACUCUGCUGUCCACGCACGAAGGCCCACACGGCCAGGAAGAUGAAGGGGACGCAAAUUCGUUCCUGGGACGCCACCUGCUGUUCAACCGGUUCGACUUUGAAAUGUUCGUUCCGGGGAAUCUGGAGAGAGAGUGUUACGAGGAAAUCUGCAAUUAUGAGGAAGCCAGGGAGGUUUUUGAAAACAUCCCGCAAACAAAUGAUUUUUGGAAGAAAUACACAGAAGAUCACAGCAAUCGCUCCUCCCGGGUGGAUGUGGUCGGCCUUUUGGUGGGACUCAUUUCUGCUGCUGUGGCUAUCGUCAUCAUUGCCGUCUUGAUCUGGUAUUGCUGUCAUGGCAAACUGAAAGGUGGCCUUAGCCGUGCAAGUUCCAGUCGGGCACGCCCCAGGAGGAGUAACGCUUCCCUCAUAGUGAGAAGGGUAGAAGAGGUCUCCCUGCACCCCAUGGUUCCUCCGGCUUCUGCAGAGGACCCCGACAUACCAGGUCUACCCUCAUACGAACAGGCCAUCUCAGGAAAUGGGCCGCAUGACGCCCCGCCACCUCCUUAUCCUGGGUCAAGACCUGGGAGUGCUCGCCGCCUGAGUCGACCGCCCGCUGGACCGGAGCCGUGCAGCUACGAUGUGCGUCCGCCGCUCCGCCGAGCUCCGUCGGGGAAGCGAAUCUUUCGCCGGAUGAUGGACAGGAACUACCCGAGCUCCAGCUUCGCGGACGCGCUGGCUCCACCAGCACAGACCGUGGCUUCGUGGGCCUAUGACCGCGGCUCGGCCACUAUCAAACCGAGUCCCAGUUAUGGAGCCGCACACCUUGACGCGGAGCUCCUCCAGCCGCAAAGCUACACCUCCACACAUCAGCUCCCCACCUACACCACAGCGCACACCCCCGCUGCAGCCGGGACGCUGGAGUCGAGCAGUAACACUCCUGUGACUUCUAUCAUGAGCUUCCUGACAGCUAUGGAGUCCAGAAGUCUUCAGGCUGGUCCUGUUAGUGCCUCACUGCUUCCUGCUUUCAGACCCACGUCUUGGCCCACUGGUUCCAACUCCUCUACAGAGCUGUAUUUGACCGGUGCCCUGCCCUCCACGGCCACUUUCCCCUCUCCUGCUGCUCUCACAUCCUACCAGCACACAGGUGCCUACCCUUCUAGGAGUUAUGCGACCAACUCUUCCCUUUCGCUCCAAGACCCAGCCUUCAGCACUUCUACCAAUGGCCUGUUUUCUCACCACGACCCUUUGCUACACCUCAAACCCGGCCAGGCUGUGCUUCCCACCGCCCUGGCUUUCAGCCAUCUGUCUUCCUCCUCUCUGGGGUCCACUUUGCCAGUGCAGUCCUCCACUUACCGCUCGGCCCAGGAGUCCGCCCCCCACCUUCUUCAGCCCCAGUUCAGCCUUCUUCCCUCUUCCCUGCCUGCACCUCACACUGCCCCACAGCCCUACGCCAGUACCAUUUUUUCUGGCUCUAUUGAAAGAGCUCUUCAGCGUGAAUGUAGUGUUAUCAAACACCACCAGAGGCCUUCAAAUAGCCACAUGGCUUCAGAACAGCUGGCUAACUCGGAGCACUCUUUACAGGGUUACUUUGGGUCCGGCGGCGAAGCAGAUGUGGCUUACCAGCAGGACCCAUCCCAUCACACCCCAGCGUCCUGCAGCCCCUCCACAAGAGCAGACUCCACCCAAGGGGUCAACGGUUCCCCACAGCCCAAAACAGGGUGUGUAACACAAGCUUAUUCAUCCGCUAAAGAUUGUUCCUCCGAGUUAGAGCCACACCCCGCCGGGGAUGAGGAGCUUAACUCUCAGAAUAUGACCAAAGGGUCUCCUGAGCGUUAUUCCUCCCUGGCUCAGAAGCAGAACUCGGUGAUUGCUAACCAGCAGGCAGUCCAGCUAUCGAGCCUUAUGUCCAACAGUUUGCCUCAAACCUAUAUGGUCCCACUCACAGAGUCUCAGACAUCCCACGCCACCUCAGACAAACUCUCCUCCCUUUACACUACUCUGCCUUCCCUGACGAGCCACUCGGACAGCAUGGCGCCUGCCGGUCAGACUCUUAUUUACUCAUCCACCUCUGGGCUGGGCCAAGAGCAGGAGAUCCAGUAUGGAGCCCAGGUCCAGAGCUUGUGUGAAGGAAACAUCUCUGAGAGCUAUCCCACAUCCCACUCUCAGGGCACCCAAAGUUUGACAUUCACAUCUCAGUCUCAAAGCUAUGCGUCCAGGCAAUCCCUAGACUCUUCCUACCCACCUACAUGCGUCCAGGGUCUCUCCACGUCAGAUUCAAGGGGGGGCUACGCCCACAUGCAGGAUUCGAUGGGAGGGAAACCACACGGCUCUCUGUCCGAGCAGCACACACAGCCUCACAAUGUUUUGUCGGUGCCGUUGCCUACCUACACGUUGGCUCCUCAGGCCUUGCAAAAUAAUGUCCGAGCUUCAGCGCAGGACAUGAAGCCAGCGUACGGCAAGCAGAAGCUGGAAGAGCAGCAUCUUCAGGACAUGGAGGCUCUGCGGCAGUCGUCCAUGGUCUCCUCAGCAGACAACAGCAUGGCCCCUCACAACAAUGUCAUCUACGUCGUGUCCAAAAUGGAUGAUCACAAAACGCAGAGCGUCAUUCGAAGCAACUCGCACACUGAGGAGCAGCUGGUGGGAGUAAGCCACAGAAGUUCAGCACAGUUAAAGAACGACCAGCUGGGUUCCGGGAACCAACAGCAGAUCCAUCUAAGCAGUGCAAAUGAUAGUGAAACAACAGGCACUAAAACUCUGACCUCCAUGAUUGUUAACUCGCACGCCCCCCUCUGCUCAGAGCAGCUCAAGCAGCACCCUCUUCAGCUCAGACCUCACGAGUCAGAUCAGCACGGCCAGCAGAGCCACAGUCAGUCCCAAAGCCAGCCUCCAGCUGCCCACACCCAGUUCAUCACGGUCCCCAGCACUCAGGGCCUCCUCGAGCCCAACCAGAUGAUCCUGGUCCAGCAGCCCCUGGUUCACCACGGUCAGAGCACUUCAAAGUUGGUGUCUGUGGAGGGGGUCCAAGCAGCCCAGGGACUGGGCCCGGUUCAUGUCCAGUACCUUCAGAUGGAUCGAGACCUGCUGGGUUCCAGUGUCAGCGAGUCUCAGGGUCAGCAGGGCGCAGUGGUGUCCGAGCAGACCUCUGAAUGCUCCUCCUCUGCUAAACACCACUACAGCCAGGCUGCAAAUCAGCAGCCAAACGAAGCCAAGAACCACUUUGCUCUCAACUCCAUUUGCUUCCCAGACUCCAUGCUGCUGGCAGAUGAGAGGAACAUUUUGUCAAACGUGGACGACAUCCUUGCAGCCACUGUGGCAGCUUGUGGUGUCACUCCACAGGACUUUGUCAAAGCCACGUCCUCUGCCGAGGCUGAAAUGACCGGCAUGACGAGUCCUGUCGAUUCCAAAGGGCGCCUCCAGACUGUGGAUUUAAGACUCAUGCCGUCGAGUUUCGCGCAGCAUCCAGGCAUAAGCAACACUAACUGUCACAAUAUCAGCAUGGCACUAAAUGGAGCCCAGCUACCUCGAGACUGUCGGGGUCAGCCCGUGCACCACAGCAGCACUACUGACACUGACCCCAGUGGAGAUGGGAGGGGGUCUGAGAAUGGCUAUCACUCAUCUGGACAAGUGUUCGAUCCAUCAGGUGUCCAGAACAGAGUCAAAGGGAAUGGAGCAUGUGCCGACGCAGAGGAGGGCCUCGGGGAAUGUCCCACUGGUACCGACUCCCCCAAAAGGAAGGCCCGCUCUAAGUCUCUGACCAAAGCAGGAGGUCCCGAGGAUGACGGGGGACUAGCCAGAGCGGCUAAGCGCAGCGUUCAAGCAAAGCGUCAGAACUCCAGGAGCAGCGACGUCAGCUCGCCAUCCGCCCCGAAUGCUUCAUACGAAGGCUGUCCCCAGCAGGAGAGGAUCCGGCAGAAGAUCCGCGAAGUGGAGGAGAAACAGCCGGAGGUCAAAACCGGCUUCAUCGGCUCCUUCCUGGACUUUAUCAAAUCUGGCCCCAAACCGCAAUACUCGCAGAGUCCAACGAGGACCGUCAGUCGCCCGAAGAAGCCCUCCACCUCUUCCAAGCCCUGCACUCUGCCUGCUCUGCCCGCUCUGCCUCCCAAAGGGCAGGCCACUCUGCCCGGGCCUUUGCUCGCUCAGGUGAGUCCGGGCGUGAGCUCUCAGCAGAAGCGUCUGGACGAAGAGCUGCAGAAGAACUUGGAGACGCUGCCGUCGUUCAGCUCGGACGACGAGGAGAGCACGGGGAAGAACCAGGCCCUGAGGAACAGCAUCAGCUCAGCGCUGUCCUCCCUGGACGACUCUACCGAUCGGAGAACCAGGACAGAUAACCAAAUGCAAGCCUCCAUCAUGAAGCCCGAGCAGCAAGCCCCCCCCGCGCCGCUCGCUGUGGCGCAGACCCGCCUGCCUCAGGCACCGGCCCCCGCCUCGGGCGGGGCGCCACCGGAGACCAAAGAGGAGCGCAGGGAGACCCCCUCCGACCAGCUGGCUGUGCAGCUGAUGAGCGUGGCCAUGGAGGGGCUGACGGACGAGGAGCUGUCCGACAGCGGGGGGGAGGGCAUGUACAGAGAGAGAGACGAGUUUGUCGUCAGGAACGAGGACAUCGAAACCUUGAAGGUGACCAUGAAAGCCGGCAGUGAACCUCCAGCCAUCUGGAAGGUUCAGAAGGCGUUGCUGCAGAAAUUUGUGCCCGAGGUGAGAGACGGGAAGAGAGUCUUCUCUGCCACCAACAGCUAUCUGGGAUACUUUGGCGAUGCCCAGACCAUGUACCAGAGGGUCUAUGUGAAGUUUCUGGAUACGGUCAACAAAAGGGAGUAUGUGCGAGUUUGCAGUCGAAAGCCACGCUGCAAGCCCAUGAACUCACUAAGGGGUGCUCAGGUCAAAACGCUGCUGGGCUUGACGGCUCCGCCCUCCUCAGCCCUCCAGAGCCAAAAGAGCAGACCUAAACCGGCCAAGCCGAGGGCGGAGCCGCCCCCCAAGAAGAGGCGGAAGUGGAAGGAGGAGUUUUCCCCCGCUGCCUCUGGCUCGUCUGCAGAAGACGGUGUUGAAGACGAUGGUGCUUUGCAGUGCCUCAACAAGGAAACGUUCAGGAGCUUUGUGGAGCUGCUCAUCAGCAUCGCCUUAGACGAGGACGUGAUGACGGCGCUGGAGAGGGCGAACGAUGACCUGCUGCUGCCACACAUGAAGAGAGUGGACGGGGUGAUCACUGACAACAGGAAGCGCCUGCUCCACAAACUGCACAUCGGGCAGGUCCUGAAGACAGCUCUAGACAGCUUCCCGGAGAUUUCCGUAGUGACCGAACUCAAGAAGGACGGGGAGACCCCGGCCUUUAAAGUUCGCCUCAGCGGAAAGGCCUACAACAAGAAAACCAUGAAGCCCCACAACAAGAUGCCCACUAAAGUGCCUCAGGAGUAUUCAGUGGACCAGCAGAAAACUCAGUGGUUCUCUCUGUACCACUCUUUGCAGCAUUACAAGUACCAUACAUACCUCAUGUGCAAGGACGAGAUUGCGUCUCUGCAGGUGCAGGCCGGGGACCUGGGCCAGGAGGAGACGGUGCAGAAGUGUCUGCAGAACGGGGCUUGGGUGGAGGGGCUCUUCGAUCGCUUCGGAGAGCUGAUCAGUCAAGUGCAGCAGGUCUGCAGAUGAUUCGGCGUUGGUACACCUGCUUUGAAUAAAAAACAAUAGAGCUGUUAAAAGACGGGAGGGCACCCCCAUAAAGAAAGUGGCAGAAGAGAUUAAGUGGACCUCUCUGCCUCCAGCAACUGAGAUGCCAGCAGCAGGAAGACAGAGGACACAUGUACUAGUCAUUACUGGAUUUAAGCUGAAAGGAGUCGUUUGAUCAACGCAGGACAAAAUAUUUCAUUUUUGGGGAUCAGUCUUGGUAACCUCUCGCGUAGUAUUUCUUCUAUUCUUUUUAGAUUUUUGUAGUUUUUAAAAGCCCACAUUUUCUGGGCCUUUUCAUAGAUUUCUAUUGGACUUUUUAUUGUCUUUUUAUUUCUCCGUUAAACACUACAGCGCGACCCUCAAGUGCGCACCACAGUCGGCAUAGGAUUUAGAGAAGAAAAAUGUGCAGAACGCUGUUUCAAUAAGAAUCACCAAUAAUUGAAAUAGGCUUACAUACAGAGAUGAUUUUGUAAAAUAUUUUUAAAAAUAACUAUAUAUUUUAUUUGACUGUAGGUGCAUAUUGUUUGUGUAACAUCCAUUUUGUAAACGGAAUGCCAACUUAUAUAUAAAUGAUGUACAUUUUGUAUAAAUGGGGGGAAAAAGUGGGAACUACAGAAACUCUGUUUAGGAAGUGAGUGAUCCAGAACUGGAUCUGUGUUGUGGGUUGACUUAAGCGCGUGUCUUUGCUCAUAGGAUGGAGUCAGCGCAGUUCCACUGCUGCUCUCUACUCUGCUCGAUCAGAAAUCAUUGCCUUGACUUCUCUUAGGGUAAAGCCAAUUUGAUAAAAGUUGUCAUUCUAUAUUGCUUUUCAUACAUAGUCUACAUUUUAUGACAAAUAUCUAUUUUUCACAGAAGUAAAUAUUUUUUGUUUUCACAACAGUUUCUGGGAUAUUUUUUUUUUUUCAUUUGUCUUUGCACGGUUCUCCACAGUCGACUCUCUGCGGGUCAAGUUUUAUGAUAUCAAAAGUGAUCUUGUUUCUUUAAAGAUGCAGUUUGUGAAUAAAAUGGCACAUGUAUUAGGGAUGCGUUUGGUGUGGGAGAGUAGAACUCUGUAAGCUCCCCUUCACAGACCAAUAGUGUAAUAGUAGCUGAAAGCCAAGGUGAUUAAAAAAAAAGAUCUGGCUGGCCUGAAGGGGA